AUGCAGGCGAGUGACAGGUUCAAUAUCAACUCACAGCUCGAACAUUUGCAAGCUAAAUAUGUCGGUACAGGGCACGCCGACUUGACUCGAUUUGAAUGGGCGGUGAAUAUCCAUCGAGAUAGCUACGCCUCGUACGUUGGGCAUUAUCCGAUGCUGGCCUACUUUGCCGUCGCUGAAAACGAAUCCAUUGGGAGAGAGCGCUACAAUUUCAUGCAGAAAAUGCUUUUGCCUUGUGGUCUCCCUCCCGAGAGAGAAGAUGAUUGAAGGGCCUCCUGCUAUCGUUGUGGAGCUGAAAACUGCACUCGGAUGUUCCCAGAGACCUGGCCACUCCUUUCGCCCUUGUGAUCUGUCCUAUGCAUUUCUAUAUAAAUCAUUCACGCUGUAGUUGACUGCUCUACUCUUACCGUCUCUUAACACACUGUUUAGUUUUUGCAAGAAAGGUUGCUUUAUUAUAUGCGCAUUUGUCUGUAAAUGUUACUGUUGCUGCAAGGAAAAUGCGAUCUCAAGGAUUAAAA